AAUCGGGAGGCGGGCAAGGCCACCGCGAUGCCGGUAACAAGAGGGCGCGCCGCGGCGGCGGCGGUGGUGGUGGUGGAGGAAGAGAGCGACGCGCCGAUUGACAUCUCCUCUGAUUCCGAUGCCGAAUCGGCAGAAUCCUCGGGGUCGGAGGAGGAGGACGAGGAGGAGGCGGCCACCAGCGACGAAGACUACAUCGACAUCAGCGACAGCGGCGAAAGCUACGUCAACGUCAGCGACAGCGACGACGGCGACGACGAGGGGAGCUGCGACGGGGACGAGGGGGAAGCGGAGGCGGGCCAACCCGGCGCGGACCGGAGCGAGGAUGCGUCCACAAAAAUCGCCGAUCUCCUCCGCCGAGGGAGAAAUCUGGAUAGGAUUAAGCUGGUGGAGUGCAAAGCAUAUUUAAAGAAGAAUGGUCUUAGCCAAGUCGGGGACAUGACAACUUGUGUAGAAAGAAUAAUGCUGCAUUGGAGGUUCAAAACGGAGGAUCCAGAGAAAAUUUAUCCUCGGUCAUCCUUUAGUAUUAACUGUAAAGGUGAUGUCUGUAGAGGCGAUGCCGUUUUAUUCAAACAAAAGGUUCAUGAGAAGAGUGGAAAAAGACACUCAAAAUGUAUUGGGAAGCGAAUAGUAGCUGGUAAAGUUAUUAAGGAAAGUUAUGGUAAAGAGAAACAACAACACACCUUUACUAUUCAAGUGUUCUGGAGCAAAGGAGUUGGUAAAUUACCACCUUUGAAUCUGCUACUUGUCAAAGGGCGCAAUUUAUACAGAAUGAUGACCUUCCGCCAGUCUUGGACGAAUGAAGAGGAUAGAUCGAAGGCUCUAGAAGAAAAGCACGGCAGAGGAGAUGCUGCAAGACGUGUUCGUGCUUUGAAUAGACCUAAUUCUGGAGGUCACGUUCUCAAGGGCAAGAUAUCAAAGGAAAAAGAAAAACAUAUGUCUCAACUUGGACGGCCUGAUGGUGGAUCCAGGAGAACUAAAGGCAAAAAACGCACUAUGCAAUCCUGCAAUUCUGAUCUUCCAACCAAAAAAUCUCGAAAAGAAGAGCACCAAGUUUCUUCUGCAACAGUCUGCAACUGUCUGAAUAGCACAGAAGUUAGGGUGAGUAAAAGAAAAGCUGGUUCUAAGCAAAAGAACACUGUUGGUAACAACCAUGCUCAGUUUGAAGGAAGGUGCUUCGGUUCAGCUUCUCAUUCGCAGACACAUCCUGGAAAUCCAGUUGGAAUAAAUCAGCCUUUAUUUGAGAGGCCCCAGCGGCCACCUCCACCACGUGAAGUUGGCAAUGCCUGGCAACCUCGUAUGGACGGCAGAUCAAUAGCAUGCCCAAACCCUUCAAUGGCUUUCGAACAUCCAAAUGCAGCACCGACUGGCUGGCGUCCACCUCCAAGCAAUCAACCUGGAAUGGUGUUUCCACCGUUCAACAUGUCACGAACUAUGUACCAAUCUCAUUCAGAUAGAGCAUAUGUGACGCCGCAAUACAAAUAUUCUCGUGGUAGUAAUAGGUUUCCUCGAUAGGGUGGUUUGGCAGAUGUCAGUUGCAUUUUCAAGACUUAAUUAGCGGUCACCGGUCUGAAAUGUGGAAUCCUGUUCUGGCUUGCUCAAAGCCAUUCAA